AUGUGCCAUAAGACCACGACCAUCUUCGCAUGCUCUUGCGUGUUGAGGAAUCAUCGCUCUUGUUCCCACUCGCGCAACCUCGUCGCCGCCAACGCCGACAAUGUGGGACAAGGCAACAUUGCGAGUAGCUCGUUCGAAUACGACCAUAUCAACCAGCCCGCCAAUGCCAACACUGCUAGCGAAGGCGACAGCAACAAGGACGACCUCAAUGCCGCCAGCCAAGACAGUAGCGCCGCCCCGACAAUCACGGUGGCAGUUUCAACCCCGCCUCUCUCUCCCAGCGGUACCGCCACCCCUCAAGCUCUCAACGCCGGAGCCUCUCCCUUUUCUCCGGCUUCCUCCCCCCUCACUUCGACUUCCUCCACCGGGGCCACCAUCGGCUCUUCGAGCGUAGAGGUAGACACACCAUCAGCCUCAAUCCCCACUACCCCCUCCUUCUCCAUCUCUCCGAAUCCAACCACCAAUCUCUGGGCCAGUCCCUCUGCUGGUUCCCCUGCCAGUUUCUCCUCCGAGAACUUCGACACAAUCGACACCCCCAUCACCCCCGCUCAUUCUUCAAAUCUCCCCUUCUUCGGCCACUUGGCCUCAGCCUCAGGUCCAGCGAGCUCCAGCAACAACAACAAUGACAACCUCACAAACACCGGCCUCCCCUCCGGGAACUACGGCAUGAUCUACAGCCCCAUCGCCCCCAUUUCCUCCUUGAGCCUCCCCUUCUACGGUCACUCCACCUCGGGGUCAGGUUCAGCGAGCUCCAACAACAAUAACAACAACAGCAACAACGCAUACAUCGGCCAAGACUGCCCCUUCCCUGCUCCCACCAACGGAACUCUUACUCCCUCCGCCUGGAUGUCCGCCCUGCUCGCCUUCGCCAGUCAACAAGCACUCAACCCUUACGCUGAGGAGCUCAUCAAUAGUACUCUGGGCGAAAUUCGCUCCUCUGACACUCGCGACGCCUUGCCAUCGGGCUUCUACCCCCGCCACUUCGGUUCCGCCCAGCGAUACAUCCACUGGAACGAAAUUGAGAUCAAAUAUGCCGACUGUGCGGGUUUUCUCUCUACCCAUUUGGCGGAAUUGCAGAUAAGAGGUAUGACCAAGGAGGAGCGGAACAGGAAAUGUGAGGAUUGUCCCACUCACUUUGAGUUUGAGGAUAAGGUGGAGGUGAAGCUGGGACUGUGUAAAGAGUGUGAGGGGGGCCAUGCUACCUCUAAUGAGGCUGCUGCUUUGAUGAGAGAAAUGGAGGCGGGUCAAGGUCAGGGUCAGACGCACCACAACCAUAACCACAGUCAGAGCCAAAGCUACAACCUGCAUCCGGACUACAACCUGCCGGAGCCGGCACUGGAUGGCCAGCAGCACCAUGCACAUGGCAAUGUCCAGACUCAUCGCGUUUACGCUUAUCAUAGCCAGCAGCAGCAGCAGCGCGGGGUGGAUGGCGAUGGGCAGAUGACGCCGCCAACAAUGGUUUUCAUGUCAUGGCCCGACCUAUUGGGGCCAAGUGUUGCACAAACUGGAGGUAGUAUGCACGUGCACGUGGAUCGCCAACAGGAAUCUCACCACCACAACCAGCCAUCAAACAUACUCGUGGAUGGACACCAACAGCAUCAACAGCACCAGGAGAUGGAGGAGGUCGAGAAUGAGGAUGCUGUUAGUUCUCUUUACAGAGGGUUGGGUUACAGAGGAGAUUGA